CGACCAAUUCCGGACGAGUCACUGGUGCGAUUAGCGCGUCGUUGGCGUAAUCGGGUUUCAUCUUUCUUGGUCCUGUAGGAUACGGAACCGCAUCGCGGGGGCAAGGUUCGAUCGGCAUCGGUCUCGGCCUUGGGCAUCGGAGGAACGUCCGGAGCAAUCCGGAGAAGGUUCGAGAGGCAGGUCGAAGGCGGCUCGGCCUGGCAACGGCGGAGCAGCCGAACGCGCGCGGGCUCGCGCUUGCAUGGACAGUCCGGAGGAGAGUGGUGAGCUCAGUGCGCGUAAUCUCGGCGAGUUGGGGCGCGACCCGGAGGAGGACCUAGAGGACGCGUCGACGCCGCGGCGGAGGCGCGUGAGUAGACCGCGCGCGGCUUGGCUCGCUAAGCUCGCCGGGCCAGACGAUCCGGAGAUCUAAUAUACGGCCACCGUGAGGUCCGAUGUCUAGUGCUGAGGUGGUGGAGAGCUCCGUUGACCCCCCAGCCAAAAAGCGACGCGUUGCUGCGACUACGGGAGGAGCCGACGAGGCCGAAGCAUUCGCAGACAUGGCGAAGAACGGCUCCGCGUCCGGUGCGCCCACCGCGACCGAUUCCGCCUCAGGAGCCGAGAUCGACGAGGGUCUGUACUCGAGGCAGCUCUAUGUCCUGGGCCACGAUGCCAUGCGACGCAUGGCUACGUCAGACGUCCUUAUUUCGGGCCUCGGAGGACUGGGCGUCGAGGUCGCCAAGAACAUCAUCCUGGGUGGUGUCAAGUCGGUCACCCUGCACGACACCAAGCUCUGCCGUCUGGUCGACCUGGGUUCACAGUUCUACUUGACCCAGGCGGAUGUCGGCAAGAAUCGAGCUGCCGCCUGCUGCAGGCGCCUUGCUGAAUUGAACAACUACGUGCCGACUAAUUUCUAUGACGGAGAGCUUACCGAAGACUACCUAGAGAGGUUCAAGGUGGUCGUUCUAACGGAUGCAUCACUGAAGGAGCAGCUGCGCGUUUCUGAAAUUACCAGGGCUCAUGGCAUCGCACUCGUCAUUGCCGACACGCAUGGUCUCUUUUCGCAGGUGUUCUGUGACUUUGGAGAGGCUUUUGUGGUGGUCGAUACCAAUGGAGAGCCUCCGGUUAGUGCCAUGAUCGCGAGCAUCUCCAGAGACUCCGAGGGGGUUGUUACUUGUCUGGACGAUACGCGACAUGGAAUGGAAGAUGGAGAUUAUGUCACCUUCUCCGAGGUCCAGGGAAUGGUCGAGUUGAACGACUGCGAGCCUAAGAAGAUCAGAGUGCUUGGACCGUAUACCUUUAGUAUUGGGGAUACUUCUGGAUGCUCUGAAUACUUACGUGGAGGUAUCGCUACUCAGGCAAAGAUGCCGAAGACCCUGCGCUUCCUGCCACUGAAGGAAGCCCUGAAGACGCCAGAGUUCGUCGUGUCGGACUUUGCCAAGUUUGAGCACCCGACGCAGCUACAUCGAGCAUUCUUGGGUUUGCACGCCUUCGUUGAGGAAAAGGGCCGACCACCUCGGCCGUGGAACGAGGAAGAUGCGAAGGAGCUGGUGCGAAUUACUGCGAAGGUGCAGGAGUUUGGCACUGGGGAGAAGGUAGAUGCUAGGCUCGUCGAGACGUUUGCUAAGACAGCAGCUGGCGACCUCAGCCCCAUGAACGCCAUCAUUGGUGGCAUCGUCGCCCAGGAAGUUAUGAAGGCUUGUUCGGGCAAGUUCCAUCCGAUUUAUCAGUGGCUCUACUUCGAUGCGAUCGAGUGCCUGCCAGCUGAUCGUAGCGAGCUCACCGAGGAGGACUGCCGGCCUACCUCGUCCAGAUACGACGCACAGGUGGCCGUCUUCGGGCGGAAGUUCCAAGAGGAGCUGGGCAAGCUGCGCUACUUCGUGGUAGGAGCGGGGGCGAUCGGCUGCGAGUUACUGAAGAACCUGGCGAUGCUGGGAGUGGGAGCAGGUGGAGGCAGCGUGACGGUGACCGACAUGGACCUGAUCGAGAAGUCGAACCUGAACCGGCAGUUCCUGUUCCGUCCGGCGGACGUGCAGCGCUCGAAGUCCUCGACAGCGGCCAGAGCGGUGAGGGCGAUGAAUCCGGGGAUGAACGUGAUCGCCCACGAGAACCGAGUAUGCCCGGAGACCGAGCGGGUCUACAACGACGAGUUCUUUGAGGCCCUCGACGGGGUGGCCAACGCCCUGGACAACGUGGACGCGCGCAUCUACAUGGACCGGCGUUGCGUCUACUAUCGGAAGCCACUUCUGGAGUCGGGGACCCUCGGAACGAAGGGCAACACCCAGGUGGUCGUGCCCUUCCUGACCGAGUCGUACAGCUCGUCGCAGGACCCGCCCGAGAAGAGCAUCCCGAUAUGCACCCUGAAGAACUUCCCGAACGCGAUCGAACAUACUCUUCAGUGGGCGCGCGACUGCUUCGAAGGCCUCUUCAAGCAGGCUGCGGAAAACGCAGCCCAGUACCUCGCGGAUCCGCAGUUCUUGGAGCGCACCCUCAAGCUCCCGGGAGUCCAGCCCCUGGAGGUCCUGGAGUCGGUCAAAGCCGCCCUCGUGGACGAGCGACCAAGGGGCUUUGCUGACUGCGUCGGAUGGGCUCGUCGACACUGGCAGGAGCAGUACAGCAACCAGAUCCGCCAGCUCCUAUUCAACUUCCCGCCGGAUCAGCUCACCUCCAGCGGACAGCCCUUCUGGUCGGGACCCAAGCGAUGCCCCGUGCCGCUGGUGUUUGAUCCGGAGGAGCCGCUGCAUUUGGACUACAUCGUCGCCGCGGCUAACCUUAAGGCUCGCGUCUAUGGACUACCUGGAAGCCGUGAUCGCGUUGAAAUCGCCCGGAUCGCCGCCGCCACCCGGGUGCCUGAGUUCACGCCCAGGUCGGGCGUGAAGAUCGCCGAGACGGACUCGCAGGUGCAGGUGGCCAACGGCGCCGGUCCGGACAGCGUAGCUAGCGGAGCCCUCGACCACGAGCGACUGGGCCAGCUGCAGCAGGAGCUGCCGAGGCCCGAGGACCUGACCAGCCUGGUGAUCCGACCCCAGGAGUUCGAGAAGGAUGACGACUCCAACUACCACGUUGACUUCGUGGUGGCCGCGUCGAACCUGCGAGCCGCCAACUAUAGGAUCCCCCCGGCCGACCGGCACAAGAGCAAGCUCAUCGCCGGGAAGAUCAUCCCGGCGAUCGCGACCACUACGUCCGUCGUCGCCGGCCUCGCCUGUUUGGAGCUGCUGAAGCUGGCGCGCGGUGUUCGCCGACUGGACAUCUUCAAGAACGGCUUCGUCAACCUUGCGUUGCCCUUCUUCGGGUUCUCCGAGCCCAUUGCCGCGCCCCGGCUCAAGUACUACGACACCGAGUGGACCCUCUGGGACCGCUUCGAGGUGAAGGGCGAGCUCACCCUGAAGGAGUUCCUCGACUAUUUCAAGGAGCGGCACAACCUGGAGGUGACCAUGCUCUCCCAGGGCGUCUGCAUGCUCUACUCGUUCUUCAUGGCCAAGGCCAAGUGCCAGGAGCGCAUGGGCCUCCCCAUGUCGGAGGUCGUCAAGAAGGUUUCCAAGAAGAAGCUGGAGCCCCACGUCCGCGCUCUCGUCUUCGAGCUGUGCUGCAACGACGAGGACGGGAACGACGUCGAGGUCCCCUACGUUCGCUACACCCUGCCCUGAGGAGCCGGACCUCUCGCCCAAACACUCACCGGCCCCCUGCUACUUUCUACCGGUGACGAUGCGACGAGUCGAAUGUCUUGGCGACUCCACUUCCGCGGAUUCGAAAGCGCUGCCGACUCGAGUCGAGUCUAUCUCCUACUCGAGUUAUUCGAAUUUGUAAGCGUUGCCAACGGGAGGCUGAGUCGGCUGCUCGAGUAAACUCGAAUAAUUAUUAUCAAUAUGCAUAUGUUGAGGUACUCGAAAUCGGGAACUGCCAACGAGAGGUCGAGUCCGUGCCGAGUUGGCAAGUAUAUCGCCACGAGUAAUAGCGGCUCGAAUGUACGAGUGAUGAUACGAAUAAUGCGCGGUUGGUGUCACUGUACGAAUAGGCAACUCGGUCUCGUGCUCGUCCACCCUCAUACCUCGAGCUCGCGCGAAUACCCCCUCGGCUUAAGGGUUCAACCAGAGAAAUUCGAGUCGUCGCAUCUUCACUUUCGACAAAUCUCUAUUUUACGAUACGGCUCGUCACGCGCCGCGCUCGCCCAGCAGUCCAGCAAUAACUCGAGCCAGGGUCGCCGGGCCUCCUCUUCGAGGUCUCUUCGGGGUCUCUUCGACACUCGCUCUUCCGCAGUGAGAGUCCAGUGUAAAUUACGGGAGACGCGGAGGACAGCUCCAGGCUCGACGACGGGCCUUCGGAUGGAGUCCGCGGAGGAAACAUCGAGAUGAAGGCGACUUCAAAGGGGCGUCUCAAUUAGCAGUCGUCUAUGAGACUUUUCUCCAAAUGGUGUAUACCCAAUCCUCUGAAACUUUACCUCGUGAUCGUGGAGGCCCUGAGGAAGGUCCCUCCACCCAUAAAAUACAGUUUUGAUAUGAAACCUUUAACAUCACUUAUAAACAAAUUAAAAAAAAAAUGAAAUCUCAUGGGUGUCGGAACCUUCCUUAGGGUUUCUACGUUUACCUGGUAGAAUUUCAAACGAUUCGGUACACCCAGUUUGGAGAAAGGAUGAACUAUUGAUCUCUUCGACGCCUCUUUCAUUUCACCUUAAGACGCGGGAUUGAAGUUAGGGUGCCUCGAAGGAGACUCGUCGCCGAGCCUGGACCCUCGUGUUCGCUUUACUCUGCGUCAAAUCAUCUCGAAUUUGGUUUCUUCGCUUCGUAGGCUCGCUCUCCGACGGUUAGAUCAGAAAAUUCUUAAAAUCGAUUUACACUUCCGUUCCGUAUCGGUCCUCCAGCUCGGAGAUAAGUUUCAUAGAUGAGAUUUCUUUGGCGUUACUUUCUCGCCCCUUUUACGUGGACGGUACGGAUACUGAACGGAUACUGAACGGAUACGGAGCGGAUACUGAACGGAUACGAAACGGACGUCUGUAAAUCGAGCUUGAGAUAUACGUACGACACCGUCGAUCCGAGAGUCGUCUUUGCAUUUAACGUCGUGAAGACAGUGUUCGGCACAGUGGUAUAUCACUGAUAUGUAUACUGUGGAUACGGAAAGCCAUAAACCCCGUGAAGCGAUUUAAUUUGUGGCUUUGACGUUACGCGUCGCCCUCUUCGACCCUUUAACGGUGGAAUUUUCUUUCUUGAAAGUGCUUAUCUUGUCGCCUAAUUGAAAGCAAACGAUUACCGCGUGUACUCGUCAAACGCAGAGUAAAUGCACCUAUUGUAAAUUUGAAUUAAUUAUAAUAAAAUGGAGAAUACCACGAUUUAGAUUAUUUAGAAGAAAGAGGUAUAGAAUUUUAGUAUCCAGGAGUUCAUGUAAUAAAUGGUUGUUAAGACAGUUUUAAAAAUUUGUAUUCUUCAGAUGGGCUGUUCUCGGGAGAUUUUCGAUAACCGUUUGACGCCACUUUCACAUCGCCUUAAGUCGGGGAUAAUGGCAAUGCGACUUUACGCAAGUACGCGAAGGAAAUUAAGUUUUCCCACUUUGUGGUUACUAGUUACGGUUUUGUUUAAAAUGUCAGUAGCAUUCUCGUAUCCAUAUUAUACAUGUCAAUGAGGUAAACGUAUCGAGUUGAUGCAUAAGUAAUGACGUUUUUUUACACGUUAUAUCACGUGUUAAAAAAGGUCAUUACUUAUGCAUCGACACAAUAUGUCGAGGCAAAAGGCUAUACAAAGGAAUUUUAUAGGUCGAGCUGAAGACGAGGAAGACGUUUUGUUAACUCUAGGAUACGCGAGGGGAAUAUUUAUUGUGUUAUUUUAUCGAUAGAUGUUUCUCCACUUCAGAACAAGGUAUGGAAAAAUGUAGCGAUGACUAAAGUGCUAAUUAAUUAUCCCGUUUAUACUAUACGCUCCAGGAAGGAUUAGCAAUAAAGUCACUUUGAUUCUUUUUUCCAAGCCCGUUGCGAGGUUUCUUGACCGUCCGAUUUCCUUUAGACUGGUGGGGGAUGACCCGGAGACAUUUGUCAACGGGUCGUGGAUCAUGAGUCGUUAUUUUAUACGCGAAUGUACGAGAAUAGAUAUACGCCAUUGCAUAACGACUAGCAGAGGUCUUUAAUUAAGGGGAUGUGGAAGCGGCAUCACCUUAAGUGUGUAACCGUUCGAUUUGGUCAAAAUGAUAAAUCUGCCGUUAAAGCGCGUUCUAAUUUUAAGUUACUAAUUCCAGUUAACCAUUUUAAUUUUAAUCGAUAAUUAUUAUUAAUUCCAGUUAACGACUAUAGUGAACUCGUAACCAUAACUACCGACUCCACGCAGUGGCACAAUGUUACAUGUUGCACGGUCAAUAAAACGGAUUUUUCAUGGCCA